AUGACUAUCAGAAAGCCUCAUCCGCCUUUUGGGCACCCGAUGCGCUCAGCACACUUUCAAUUCGCGCCUACUUAUAAACCUCUCAACCAUGGCUCUUUUGGUACACAUCCAACUCCUGUACGAGAAGCACAUUACGCUCUGCAAACUACAGCAAUUGAACGACCUGAUACAUUCGUCUCAUUUAUCACAUUCCCUCUCCUCACCAAAUCCCGGGCUGCAAUUGCUCCUUUGCUCGGAGUAAAUCAUGAUGAAGUGGUCUUCGUCCCCAACGCCACGACAGGUGUCAAUACCGUACUCAGAAAUAUCAAGUUUGAGGAUGAUGAUGUAGUGGUGGCGUUUUCGACGUCGUACCCAGCAUGUGUCAAGACCAUUGGUGCCAUUGGUGAGAUUCUGCCGGUCAAAUGUGAGAAGGUUGAGUUGGUGUAUCCGGUUGAAGACGAGGUAAUCCUGGAGUCGUUCAGGGAGAAAGUGAGGAGUUUGAGGGCGGACGGGAAGCGGGUGAGACUGGCGAUGUUUGAUACAAUUUCAUCGUUCCCUGGGGCAAGGCUUCCGUGGGAGGAUCUUGUAGGAAUCUGUAAAGAGUUGGGUAUUUUGAGUUUGAUUGACGGGGCGCAUGGUAUUGGGAUGAUCGAUUUGACGCACCUCGGCAAGGUCAAUCCAGAUUUCUUCGUCAGUAAUUGCCAUAAAUGGCUCUACACGCCCCGCUCUUGCGCCGUCUUCCACGUUCCCUUCCGCAACCAGCAUCUCAUCCGAACCUCAAUCCCCACCUCGCACGGUUACCAAUACCCUGGUCAGCCCGAAAACACCAACGGCCGCAGCCCCUUCAUCUUCAUGUUCGACUACGUCGCAACCAUGGACUACACACCUUACCUAUGUAUUCCAGCCGCACUCGAAUUCCGCAACCAAAUCUGCGGAGGUGAAGCCAAGAUCCGCGAGUACUGCUAUGAUAUUGCUCGGAAAGGCGGAGAUUGCAUAGCUGAGUUUCUAGAAACGCGUGUAUUGACCACGAAUAGUGAUACAAUGAGACAGUGUGCAUUUGCUAAUGUCGAGCUGCCACUGGUAUUCAAAAAGAAAGAGGAGGUUGAUCAAAGCAAAGGAGAGUUGGAUGUCAAUGACGCAGUGAAGAUUGCGGCUUGGAUAAAGCGAACGGCUGCCAUGGAGAUGGACACGUACUUUCAGACUGCGUUCCAUGCUGGGAAACUGUGGGUCAGGCUUAGCGGACAGAUCUAUCUGGAAGUAGAUGAUUAUAAGUGGGCUGCGCCGAAGUUGAUGGAAUUGUGCGAGAGAGCGAAGAGGGGAGAGGGGAGUCAUAUCGUUGAAGCGGACAGAGAAAAGAUAGUCACGUAA